UUCACGGGAAGCCCACAGACCGGUGGCUCGCUCCUAAAUUAAAGAGAAUAAGCUUUAAUAAAAAGACAGCGAUCUACUUUUAAAGGAUUAAAGGGGCAUCUGCGUGAGCUGCACAGCUAGUCUCUGUUAUUUUCAACAAUGAACAUCUUCAGACUGACAGGAGACCUCUCUCAUCUGGCUGCUAUCAUCAUCCUGCUACUCAAAAUAUGGAAAAGCAGGUCGUGUGCAGGUAUCUCUGGAAAGAGCCAAAUCCUGUUUGCUAUCUUGUUCACCACACGCUACUUGGAUCUGCUCACCUCCUUCAUCUCCUUCUAUAACACAAGCAUGAAGGUGAUCUACAUCGGUUGUGCGUAUGCCACCGUCUACCUGAUCUACGUGAAGUUCAGGGCCACCUACGAUGGCAACCAUGACAGUUUCAGAGUGGAGUUCCUGGUUGUUCCUGUCGGGGGUCUUGCUGUUCUCAUCAACCACGACUUCGCUCUCCUCGAGAUCCUCUGGACGUUCUCCAUCUACCUGGAGUCGGUGGCAAUCCUGCCGCAGCUCUUCAUGAUCAGCAAGACUGGCGAGGCAGAGACGAUCACCACCCACUACCUGUUCUGCCUGGGCCUGUAUCGGGCCCUCUAUCUUUUCAACUGGAUCUGGCGUUUCUACUUUGAAGGCUUCUUUGACAUGAUCGCCAUUGUGGCCGGUUUGGUCCAGACUGUCCUCUACUGUGACUUCUUCUACCUUUAUGUCACCAAAGUGUUGAAAGGCAAGAAGCUGAGCCUGCCGGCAUAAAACACGCAGAAGGAGAUGGAGACUCCCAGCAGACUUUUGGGGGUGUGGAGAUGACAUCAUGUAAUCUCGUGACCUACAACAAAAGAUGCCUGAGACAGAGAGCCAACUAUCGGGGGGGAAAAACACUAGUCUUCUUGAUGGAUCUGGUAAAUGCCAACAAACACCAGAGCUGAGCAAAAAUCCUAGCUGGUCAACCUUUGAAUUUCUGCGUUCAGCAUCUUGCCUUAAACUUCUUUUCAUUGCUGUUCAAAAUAGGAGAAAAGGCGUCUUUUUUUCUUCUUCUUCCUUUCUUUAUUUUCUCUUUUAUUCUAUUUUAUUUUUUUACAUGUGAGGUGUCUACGCUUGUUUUUUAAUUUUUCUUUUUAUAAUGUCAAAAAUAGGGUUGACUGAAAAGUACCUUGUUUGACUUGGUAAUGAAAUGCACAAAUGUACAGUCUUAUUAAAGAGUGAGAUAAAGAGGUAAUGUGCCUGAUGAAGAUUAUGUCCACAGUAUUUCUUUUUAGUCUGCAUAUACUGUUCUACAUGUACCGUCUCCAGGAAUAUGUAACGAUGCCAACAGCAACAGUUAAACGCCAACACACAUGCAUUUUGUAAAAGCAUCGCUUUCUAAAAUUGCUCUCAACAACAUUUUAACUCUAUCAAUCUGAAACAUUUUGUAAACAACGGUCAUUAGAAGGUUUGUAGUUUCAUCUCAUGAAAUUAAUUAAUGUAAUGUCAGCAAUCAGUUAGGCCUAGAUAGUAUUUUAAAAUAGUGGAUAUGUCAUUUGGGAUGAAAUCUCAUGUGUUUAUUGAUCUUUUUUUCCUGUAUUGAAGGGAAUAUAAUGCAUCAAUUGUUUCACAGCUUUAAUGAUUCAAAAAAAUGCGACAUCAUAUUUCUGAUGUAGAUCGAGCACAAACUUUGUUUCUGCCUGGUUGCACCCCAUUUCCAAACUCAGAAACACCUUCAAGCGGUGACUUGUCGGUUAUCUCAAGGUUGAAAUCUCACUGAAGUCGAGAGUACAGCAAUAAGGAAUUGCUAAAUGAUGAUAUUUUGCAUUAAAGUGCAUCAGCACUUUGACUGGUCGUGACAUUUCAAGUGUGGACUGAAUGUCUAAUUAAACAGAUUUGACAUGGUGCUGGUCUAUAAUCGCGUGGUGUUCAAUGGGUGCAUUUCUAUAACAUUUAAAGGCCUCUUGAAAACUUUAAUGUUUUUUUCUUAUGCAAACUAGUCAUUCCUAAAGAAUUAUGUACACUUUUUAGGUCUUUUUUUUCUUUUCUUGCAUGAUAUCACCUCCAUUAAAGAUUUUAUGAGAAUCA